CAUUUUCGCCUGCCAGCUGUAAACGUCAAAUAUCGUUGCAAGAUGCAGUUCGACAUUCGGAGGUUUGACAUCUACCGAAAGGUUCCUAAGGACUUGACCCAGCCGACCAUAACCGGAGCCUGUAUCUCUAUCAGCAGUGUCCUGUUUAUACUUUUUCUGUUUCUGUCUGAAUUGUCACUCUUUAUAAGUCAUGAAACAGUAAGUGAGCUAACUGUUGAGGAUCCAGUAAAACACUCAGAAAAGAUUCCAGUGUUUCUCAACAUCACCCUCCCUAACCUCAAAUGUGAAUAUCUUGGACUAGAUAUUCAGGAUGACAUGGGGAGACAUGAAGUGGGUUUCCAGGAUAAUACACAGAAGUUUGAAUUGACUACAGAAAGCACUGAAGGUUGUCGAAUGGAAUCUCACUUUCUUGUGAAUAAGAUUCCUGGAAACUUCCAUGUGUCAACGCAUUCCUCCAAAGUUCAACCACAAAACCCAGAUAUGACACACAUAAUUCACAAGGUUCGCUUUGGAAUGGAUGUACAAGAAGAUAAGGUUGUGAAGGGUUCUUUUAACCCUCUAGAAAAUGUCGACAGGACACAAGCCAAUGCCAUUCAUACCCAUGACUACAUCGUGAAGAUUGUUCCUACAGUGUAUGAGGAUAUCAAAGGAAACAUUCAUUUUCCCUACCAGUAUACAUACUCACACAGAGACAUGUUACAAUACGGACACGGAGGUAGGAUCAUGCCUGCUAUUUGGUUCCGAUACGAUCUUAGUCCUAUCACAGUACGAUACAUGGAGAGAAGAAAACCAUUCUACACAUUCCUUACAACAAUUUGUGCCAUAGUAGGAGGAACUUUUACUGUUGCUGGGAUUUUAGACUCCUGUAUCUUCACAGCAUCAGAAAUCAUUAGAAAAUUGGAAAUUGGGAAGCAGAGCUGAUCACAAAAAUUUUAUAGGAAGUCAUGUUACAAUCAAUCCUUGUCCACUGUUCACAAUUACAUUCCAGUUGUUUCAAUAUUCUUAUUUUUUAAAUUGAUAAUUUAUAUUGUUUAUUUUGUAAAGUAUACAUUACAGAGAACUUGAAAUUUAUUUAUUUUUUUUGUGUUAGUGCAGUGAAACCUAGCAUAAAGGUCUUGGACCACCACUGAGGACAACAUUUACAGGUUGAUAAACAUGUGUUACAGACAUUCAUUUUACAUAGAAAUGCAUAAUUAUACACUUCUGCAUAGCUGAAAGUCAUAAAUAUACAGGUUAAUUCAUCAACAACAUCAGAACCAAUAUGUUGACAGGUUUCAAUCAUUUGUGUCGGUUUUAUUUUUAUAUAUGGAAAUGUAUAUGAACCGUUGAAGAAAAAGUUUUAUAUAGGUUUAUUCAUUGAUAGAGUUAUAUUUAGUUAUGUAAGGUUUAAGCUUUGAUUAAACACAUUUUUAUGUGAGUGUUUGGAUACUUAUGCUAAAGGAGGAUGUAAACGUGUUUGAUUCUUGCCAUUUAAUCAAUUUAACACCUUCAAUACAGUUAACUUUAGCUGAUGCAACUGUGUUAGUAGGUGAUGUUACAGUAUAUUUUUGUCAAACUAGGGUAAGACAGAGAGACCAUGUUAGGGGUAAAACCUGACAUAGGUGUCAUGAAUGUGAUAAAAUGGCUCUUCACCUGCAUAAUUGUAAUAAUUACUGUUAAAAAGAAAUGGAGUAAGGGCAGACAGGGUAUACUCACUGAUGGAAUAUUGAAUCUCAGACUAAAUUUGCAUCAGCAGUUGCCAUCAUACUAAUAAUUCCUGAUCAAGGUUACUGAAUAAGACUAUCAACUUAAGAUAAAUUUUUCACUGAUAGAUAUUUCAUGCAAGUAUGUACUUUUGAGUAGAACAGUGUAGUUUACUGGAUGAUAGAACUGAUCAAGAUAUGAUUUUAAAUCAAAUUGUGAUGGCUGUGUCAAACCUAUUUAAAAGUAUUGGACCAUCAGGACAGACAGUUUUAUUGUCUUUAAAGACAGGUAAUCUCUGAUAAAGGCUGGUCUUAAAAGACGUGAUCUAUAUAAAAUAGAUUCUCUCUUAGUCUAGUUUACAUAGACAAGUGAUCUAUAUUAAAAGGUUGUUUUACAGAAAAAGUGACCUCUAUAUAUAAAAUGUUUAUAUUUGUAGACAAGUGAUCAAUAUAUUGAAGUGGUCUUUAUAGACAGGUUAAAUCAAUAAAAGACUUCAUGGUCUUAUUGACAAGUUAUCUAUACAGUGGUCUUUAUAGACAGGUUAAAUCAAUAAAAGACUUCAUUGUCUUAUAGAAAAGUUAUCUAUACAGUGGUCUUUAUAGACAGGUUAAAUCAAUGAAAGACUUCAUGGUCUGAUAGAAAAGUUAUCUAUACAGUGGUCUUUAUAGACAGGUUAAAUCAAUGAAAGACUUCAUGGUCUUCAUAGACAAGUGAUCUAUAUUGUAAAGUGGUCCUGAUAGACAUGUGAUCGAUACAGGUAAUAUUUCAAAAAUAUGUUUAAGUGUUUGUGGUCUUCGAAGCAGGUUUCAUGUAAAUAUUUUUUCAAAAUUUACGUUUGUCUAGUCUUGUAAAUAAACUGCCUUAUUACGGUUUGAUAACAUGUGAAGUGAAUUCAGUUUUUUAACCUCCCAUAUUCUUGUGAACCAAGAGUUGAAAUCAUCGUCAAUAUACUGGCCAUAUUUUUGCAGUGUCUAAGAGGGAGAAUGUGCCAUUCAAAAACUUUUAGACUUAUUUUUGAUAAACUCAUUAAAUACUGUAAACAACAUGCUCUUUCUGUUAAUCUGACUGAAUUUUUGAAAUUAUGAAUAAUUCUGAAGAUUAAGUGAUAAAACUGGGGCCAAAAACCAAAAUCAUUGAGUACAUAAUAAUUUUUCCCUUCAGUGGCUUGAGGAAAUUUUAAAAUACAACAAAUUGAAAGAAAGGUUUUAAUUCAUCCAAAUGCCUUUAGAAAAUGAUGAAAUACGAAUAUCAAGGGAUUUGAAAGCAUGAUUGUAUAACUGACAGGUAUUUGUUUAGAUGUUUACGU